AUGGAAUCCUCUAAUAAAGAUACUUUAAUUUCGCAAGGAGCCGAAGCUCGCGUGAGCCUCGUACGCUACUUGGGUCGAAACGCGGUGCUCAAGAGACGCUUGAGAAAACGAUACCGACAUGAAGAACUUGAUACGACCCUCACCAACAAACGUAUGAUGGCUGAAUGCCGGGCAGUAGCUCGGUUACGGCGUCAUGGAGUCUAUGUGCCACUAAUCUACCUAGCAGAUCUGAAGAACCGGUAUAUCAUUCACGAGUUUAUAGAAGGAGAGACAGUACUAGAAGUAUUGUCAAACGCAUCAGAUGAUCUAAGGAAUGACGUGUUACAACGUGUUGGGGAAAUCCUGGCUAUGAUGCAUGAUGUUAAUGUUGUACAUGGUGACCUUACCACUCGUAACAUGCUACGCACAGAAAGCGGAGAGAUAUGUCUCAUAGAUUUCGGGCUUAGUUAUGUGUCCACACUAGCAGAGGAUAAAGGUGUAGACCUAUAUGUCCUAGAGCGAUGCUGCAGUGCUGAACAGUUCGAACUACUCUUGGAUGCUUAUAAGAAACAUAGCAAAUCCGCCGCACAAACUAUUGCAAAAUUGGCAGAAGUACGCUUGCGCGGUCGUAAGAGAGACCUUGCCGGUUGA